CAAACUACGAGGAUCAGGAUCGUGUGAAAGUCUGAGCGAUGGAGAGAGAACAUCAUUUCCAUCUCAGAAAUAAGUCUGAAGUAGUGACCAUGCCGGCUCUGUACCGCGUGGCUGUGUGUGGUGGUACCCAUGGCAACGAGCUGGCGGGGGUUUACCUGCUCCGCCAGAACAUGAGGAGGAAGCGGAAGGGCAGCAUGGCGGAUCCGGUUACCAUGGUAACAGUCAUGACAAACCCACGUGCUGUGCAGCAGUGUGUUCGUUACACGGAGAUGGACCUCAACUGCUGCUUUACACACACUACACUGAGUGCCCCUGUCUCUGAUGUCACCCCAUAUGAGGUUGUUCGUGCUCAGGAGCUCAACGCUCUGCUCGGCCCUAAAGGAGACUCUGCAGCGGUGGAUCUUCUCUGUGAUCUCCACAGCAGCACAGCGAACGUGGGCCUCUGCCUCAUCACUCACUCUGACAGCGACUGGAUCUGCCUGCACAUCUGUAAACACCUGCAGAGGGAACUGGCCACCAUUCCAGUGCGAUAUGUCCACUAUGAUGUUCCUAAGACUGAGACUUACACACUGCACUCUGUCGGGAAACACGGCUUUGCAAUGGAGGUCGGUCCUCAGCCACAUGGCGUGAUCAGAGCCAACAUUUUUACUGCCAUGCAGGAAGCUGUUCAUCUCACACUUGAAUGGGUUCGUCUGUUCAACUCAGGAACUCAGUUUGAGGGCGGCUCAGUGGAUGUUUAUACGAUGGUGGAGAACAUAAAAUACCCUCAAGAUCCUCACACACACACCAUCAGUGCAGCUGUGCAUCCAGAACUACAGGAUAGAGAUUUCUGUCUCCUGCACCCAGGUGAUCCAGUCUUCCUUGCUUUCUCUGGAGAAACUCUGAGGUACAAAGGGAAAGAAGCACUCUAUCCUUUCUUCAUCAACGAGUGUGCGUUUUACGAGACGGGUGUCGCUCUGUCUCUAGCGAGGAGAAGGAAGGUGGAGAUUCCAGCCAUCCAAUGCAGUAAAAGGUGAAGGCCAUAAUUCGCAAAGAAAGACCAGAGAUACAGAGACUGGGAUUCUUAAAUAAGUCCUUGAAGGUUUCUAGUCGCGUCACAACCCCACACUCCAAACCUCAAAACCUCUACUGUGAUCAAAACCUCCAUCUUCAACUCCUAGCCCUAACCCCUAAACACUACCCUAACCAUGAUACACCAAUUAUCUAACUAGAAUGCUAAAGUCUUUACAUGUUUAUCAAGUCAUGUCAGUGAUGGAAAUCACAGU